CUUUGUUUAGCAAAUAAAUAACAGAGGGUUUAUCUGAUUAAGGAAAUAUGCUGCAAUUGGUGUUUUAGUAGUAAAACUGUUACAGUGAACAACCGUGUCUGAUAUCGGAGCAGAGGUGUCAUGUGAACUCUAAACUCAAUGGAACCAUGCACUUGAAAACAGAUUGUCAUAGAAAUCUGAGACAGCAAAUCAAGUUACAUGUAUGAUGUUUUUGUCUGGAAGAUGUGUGAGUUUAUAAAGACAGGCAGAUAGAUUGAAAAGGCCUUUAGAGAGAUGUUGCAACCGAUCAGAAACUAUUCAUCAUGGCCGAUAGCAAAAGAAGUACUUCACUGAAGAAUAAGUCAUGUUCAAGUGCUGAAGCCACUCUCCCCUAAAUGGCUUGGUGUAAUGGCGCAUGUGAUACUGGUACCAUGGAGCAAAUUUGACAAAUCAUGCUGAAAAAGUUGGACGGAAAAGCUUUGAACUGCUCAAGGUCUUGGGCACUGGGGCUUAUGGCAAGGUGUUCCUUGUCCGUAAGCACAGCGGAAAUGAUGCGGGCAGACUGUUUGCCAUGAAGGUCCUCAAGAAGGCCACCAUUGUCCAGAAGGCCAAGACGGCAGAACACACCAUGACAGAGCGACAGGUCCUUGAAGCCGUACGCCGAUGCCCCUUCCUAGUCACUUUGCACUAUGCUUUCCAGACAGACUCCAAGCUUCAUCUCAUCCUAGAUUAUGUGAGCGGUGGGGAGCUGUUCACUCACCUGUACCAGCGGGAGAGAUUCUUGGAAUCUGAGGUGCGCAUCUACAUAGGAGAGAUUGUACUGGCCCUUGAGCAUCUACAUAAGUUGGGGAUAAUCUACAGGGACAUCAAGCUUGAAAACAUCUUGUUAGAUCAGGAUGGCCACAUAGUCUUGACCGACUUUGGACUCAGUAAGGAAUUCCUGCCAAAUACGGACUCCAGAGCCUAUUCAUUUUGUGGGACCAUUGAAUACAUGGCCCCUGAGGUGGUGCAAGGUGGAACAACUGGUCACAACAAGGCUGUUGAUUGGUGGUCGCUAGGUGUGCUGACCUAUGAACUCCUAACAGGGGCAUCACCAUUUACAGUUGAAGGGGAGAAGAAUACCCAGUCAGAAAUCUCAAAGCGUAUCCUGAAUAGUUACCCAGGCAUGCCCAGCAGCUUCUCCCCCACCAUGAAGGAUUUCAUCAAUCGGCUUUUGGUCAAAAACCCCAAGAAGAGGCUGGGCUCUGGACCCAACGGCGUGCAGGAAAUCAAACAGCAUCCCCUCUUCAAGAAUCUAAAUUGGGAGGACUUAGCAGCCAAGAAGGUUCCCCCUCCCUUCAGGCCUCACAUCAGCGGAGAACUGGACACCAGUAACUUUGCCGACGAGUUCACUAACCUGCCUCCUGCUGAGUCGCCGGCUGCUGUACCUAAGACCGCUGAUGCCAGAGUGUUCCGAGGCUACUCCUUCAUAGCACCAUCAGUACUUUACAGUGAAAACGCAGUCACAGCCGACCUCCUACGACCAGAACCAGACAAGAACAAGCCUUCCCCGGAGCAGAUAUCAAACUCAUCCAAAAUCAAGGAAUCCGUAUUUCACAAAACAUACGAGAUUGAUUUAAAGUCUGAACCUCUUGGAGACGGCAGCUUCUCAGUAUGCAGAAAAUGUACUCACAGAAAAACCGGUCAGGCUUACGCCGUGAAGAUUAUCAGCAGAAGGAAGAACUGCAGUCAGGAAAUCAAGUCACUACAGCUGUGCCAGGGACAUUCCAACAUUGUGCAACUCAAUGGAGAGUUUAAAGAUGAGCUACACACGUAUAUUGUGAUGGAGCUGUGCCGAGGGGGAGAGCUGCUCAACAGAAUCCGCAAGAAAAAACAUUUCGACGAAGCUGAGGCAAGCACCAUCAUGAGGAAGCUGGUCUCGGCCGUGGACUUCAUACACAACCGUGGAAUCGUGCACAGGGAUCUAAAACCAGAGAAUCUGUUGUUUACAGAUGAAACUGAUGAGGCAGAAUUGAAGAUCGUUGACUUUGGCUUUGCUCACAUCACCAAUGCCAACCAGCCACUCAAAACACCGUGUUUCACUCUACAUUUUGCUGCUCCCGAGGUCCUUGGGCAAACGAUCGACAAAGACGGUGGUUACGACGCAUCUUGCGACAUCUGGAGCCUGGGAGUCAUUUUGUACACCAUGCUGUCUGGCCACGUGCCUUUCCAAGCAUCUCGUCGAAGCGGUGACAACAGUGCACUGGAGAUCAUGCGCCGGAUCAAAGACGGUAAUGUAUCCUUCACAGGACAGCACUGGAGCUCUGUGAGUGAGGCUGCAAAGGAUCUUAUCCAAGGUCUUCUGACUGUAAACCCCAGCCAGCGUCUGACCAUUGAGGACUUGCUCAUCAAUGAGUGGAUUCAGGGCCAGCAGGCCACCAGCUCCACUCCGCUCAUGACCCCCAACAUCCUUCUGUCGGCGAGCACCUCGGCCGUCCAGACCAAGGUCAAGGCCACCAUGUUUGCCUUCCACCGGGCCCAGCGGGAGGGAUUCCGGUUGCUAGAUGUCUCCAAUGCCCCACUAGCCAAGCGCCGCAAGCUCAAGAAGGACUCCUCCACAGAGACGCGCAGCAGCUCCAGCGAGAGCACCCACUCGCAGGGCUCCUCGCAAGGGGGGCGUGCCUCGCCCACCCACUUCCCGAACCCAAACACAAGGAACGCCAACCCAUACCUGGUCAGGACGGAUGUUCCCUCUGCGCAACAGCAUACUGGUGAAGGCUCUGGAGAUGACCCCUUUGACAGGCACUUCACUGAAGCGUCCAGCACAAAGAACUCUAAACAGGAUCAAAUUGUUCCUGCUCUAUCCCACGGAGUCGCAUCGUCCACUUGCUCGGCAGCCACGUCCACAGUGCACUCUCAAGGACACUGUCUACCAGCCUCGCUUCAAGGGAUCAAUCCUGUUCAUCGGCACCUGCAGAGCAAUGCAAGCCUGGAUGCCAAUCCGCUCCUUUUCAUCCCCAGCAUUCCCAGUCACCACCCGACCCAUCCACAGCUGUUGGCCUUCACCACGGUCAACUCCAACCUCCCCCAGGCUCAACACCCGGCAACACAGGGUCAUCAUCCAGCACAGUACUCCACGGUCAGUUUCCACCACUUGCCGACAAUACAGGAGAACCUAAGCCAGUGGCAGGCUAUUAUAGGACCAGCCGGCAAUGUGGCCACUACUAUAGCACCCGUGCUCCCUGAUACCAAGUAACAUGGUUUGACCUAGUACCUGUUACUUCGUGGAACAGCUCAACCUUCUUUGGAAAUUUGCAAGAGGCACCACCCAUCAUGAGUAAAUUUGAAAGUUAGGCCUUAACUCUCAAACCUUCUUAGUUGAAAAAACAUUUGAUAAACCUGUACAUGUAUAUAACUGCACUAACUUUUGCUCUAAUAAGCUAUCCCCCUUUUCACACUUCCAGCAUUCUUUGUAGGUAAUCACCCCAGGCUACAUUCAGCUGUGACCUCAUCAGAGAAUCGCCAUCUUGUUCUGAAAGGGGGUUGAGAUCCUGGCUAGCGGUAGAUGAUUCUAAAACAUUCAGGAUAAACAGAAUUGUCUGUGAUUGUGAAAGUUUCUGAAUGGUACUUAUGCCCUUUACCUCUUACCAUGAUGGGAGAUGUUUUCUUCAUGGACACCAUUCAGUUCUUGAUGCAUAAUAUGUUUGCUUUCUCUGCUGUUGAAAUAAGGCUGCUUAAUAUCACAUAUCAGACAUUAGUAUUUUUAUACAGGAGAUUCUGAGCAGAUGUAAUUACUGGAGAGCAUAUUUUUAUGAAAACUAAUUCAUUAAAAUAUAAUUGUACAAUGGAAUCUCUGCGUCAGAAUCUUUAUGGAGCCUGUACAUACCGUAGAGAUCAAAACAACCUGAAAAAAGGAUUAAAAGUCAGACUGGUCUGUAAAUUCAUUUUCUUGUGGUUGGAUGAAUGUGCUUUGAACUUGUGCAUAUUCACAUACAAUGUUUUUUUGUUUUGUUUUUCUUUUUAUUCAUUCUUUACCUUAAACACACACAUGUAGUGUACAUGUACAUGUGAUAGACGUUCUUAAGUCAACCACAUUAAAAUGAAAAGCAAACUUAACUUCAUUUUUGGAGCUUGAGAGUAAAGCAGUAGAGUGAAAUUUCAUGACAAAUUAGCAUCUGUCUACAUGUAAUCUGAUAAUUGUUUCAGAUUUGUGGUUAAACACAUUGUAUGUUUUAACCACUUUCUGCCGGGCGACCUGUUUUCGGGUACAUAGGCUUUAUAUGCAGAGCCGGGGAGCCCGGAA